GAGCCUUCAGUUUUGAAAAUCAUAGAUUUCGCCCGCGCUGCGCCGCCUGGUUGCUCCUCCCGAGCGGUGAGUCCCGAAGGCCCGGAGCCGAGUAGGUCUGGGCAAGCGGGGCUUCAGCUAGGGAUACCACCGGACUUGGAUCGGAGCAGCCUUCAGGGGACGUGGCGCAGUCGAACAGAGCCACCAUGGGGACGACAGCCCCAGGGCCCAUUCACCUGCUGGAGCUAUGUGACCAGAAGCUCAUGGAGUUUCUCUGCAACAUGGAUAAUAAGGACUUGGUGUGGCUGCAGGAGAUCCAAGAGGAGGCCGAGCGCAUGUUCACCAGAGAAUUCAGCAAAGAGCCAGAGCUGAUGCCCAAAACACCUUCUCAGAAGAACCGACGGAAGAAAAGACGGAUUUCUUAUGUUCAGGAUGAAAACAGAGAUCCCAUCAGGAGAAGGUUAUCCCGCAGAAAGUCUCGGAGCAGCCAGCUGAGCUCCCGACGCCUCCGCAGCAAGGACAGCGUAGAGAAGCUGGCUACAAUGGUGGGGGAGAAUGGCUCCGUCCUGCGGCGUGUGACCCGUGCUGCGGCUGCGGCUGCCGCGGCCACCAUGGCAUUGGCUGCACCUUCUUCACCCACCCCUGAGUCUCCCACGAUGCUGACCAAGAAGCCCGAGGAUAACCGCACUCAGUGCCAGCUGGUGCCUAAGGUGGAGAUUGGCAUCGGUGAGCGCCAGAACGCUGAGCAGCAUGUCACCCAGCUCAUGUCUGCCCAGCCUCUGCCCCGCACUCUGUCUCCGACUCCGGCUUCAGCCACAGCUUCAGCCUCCCAGGGCAUCCUGACAUCGGAUGAGGAAUCAACACCUAAGAAGUCAAAGGCCAGGGUACUGGAGUCUGUCACAGUGAGCUCCCUGAUGGCUACACCCCAGGACCCCAAGGGACGAGGGGUCGGGACGGGGCGGUCUGCGUCUAAGCUCAGGAUUGCACAGGUCUCCCCUGGCCCAAGGGACUUGCCAGCCUCUCCAGACUCUCCAUGGCGGGAGCGGGUGCUGGCUCCCAUCCUGCCGGAUAACUUCUCCACGCCCACGGGCUCUCACACGGACUCUCGAUCUGUGCAGCGCAGCCCGAUUGCCCCGUCUUCCCCGAGUCCCCAAGUCUUAGCCCAGAAGUACUCUCUGGUGGCCAAACAGGAAAGUGUUGUCCGCAGAGUGAGCAGAAGGCUUGCCAAGAAGACUGCCGAAGAGCCAGCUGCCUCUGGCCGCAUCAUCUGUCACAGUUACCUGGAGAGGCUCCUGAAUGUUGAGGUGCCCCAGAAAGUUGGUUCUGAGCAGAAGGAACCCCCCGAGGAGGCUGAGCCUGUGGCAGCAGCUGAGCCAGAGGUCCCUGAGAACAACGGAAAUAACUCGUGGCCCCACAAUGACACGGAGAUUGCCAACAGCACACCCAACCCGAAGCCUGCAGCCAGCAGCCCGGAAACACCCUCUGCAGGGCAGCAAGAGACCAAGACGGACCAAGCAGAUGGACCCAGAGAACCACCGCAGAGUGCCAGGAGGAAGCGCAGCUACAAGCAGGCGGUGAGUGAGCUGGACGAGGAGCAGCACCUGGAGGAUGAGGAGCUGCAGCCCCCCAGGAGCAAGACCCCUUCCUCACCCUGCCCGGCCAGCAAGGUGGUGCGGCCCCUCCGGACUUUUCUGCACACAGUGCAGAGGAACCAGAUGCUCAUGACUCCGACCUCAGCCCCACGCAGCGUCAUGAAGUCCUUUAUUAAGCGCAACACUCCCCUGCGCAUGGACCCCAAGUGCAGCUUCGUCGAGAAGGAGCGGCAGCGCCUGGAGAAUCUGCGGCGGAAGGAGGAGGCUGAGCAGCUGCGCAGGCAGAAGGUGGAGGAGGACAAGCGGCGGCGGCUGGAGGAGGUGAAGCUGAAGCGUGAGGAACGCCUCCGCAAGGUGCUGCAGGCCCGCGAGCGGGUGGAGCAGAUGAAGGAGGAGAAGAAGAAGCAGAUUGAGCAGAAGUUUGCUCAGAUCGACGAGAAGACUGAGAAGGCCAAGGAGGAGCGGCUAGCAGAGGAGAAGGCCAAGAAAAAGGCGGCGGCCAAGAAGAUGGAGGAGGUGGAAGCGCGCAGGAAGCAGGAGGAGGAGGCGCGUAGGCUCAGGUGGCUGCAGCAGGUGCGAGCGCAGGAGGAGGAAGAGCGGCGGCACCAAGAGCUGCUGCAGAAGAAGAAGGAAGAGGAGCAGGAGCGGCUGCGGAAGGUGGCCGAGGCUAAGCGGCUGGCAGAGCAGCGGGAGCAGGAGCGGCGUGAGCAGGAACGGCGUGAGCAGGAGCGGCGCGAGCAGGAGCGGCGCGAGCAGGAGCGGCAGCUGGCAGAGCAGGAGCGUCGGCGGGAGCAGGAGCGGCUCCAGGCUGAGAGGGAGCUGCAGGAGCGGGAGAAGGCCCUGCGGCUGCAGAAGGAGCGGCUGCAGAAGGAACUGGAGGAGAAGAAGAAGAAGGAAGAACAGCAGCGUCUGGCUGAGCGGCAGCUGCAGGAGGAGCAAGAGAAGAAAGCCAAGGAGGCAGCAGGGGCCAGCAAGGCCCUGAACGUGACUGUGGACGUGCAGUCUCCAGCUUGUACCUCAUAUCAGAUGACUCCGCAAGGGCACAGGGCCCCUCCCAAGAUCAACCCAGAUAACUACGGGAUGGAUCUGAAUAGCGACGACUCCACUGAUGAUGAGGCCCAUCCCCGGAAGCCCAUCCCCACCUGGGCCCGAGGCACCCCGCUCAGCCAGGCUAUCAUUCACCAGUACUACCACCCACCGAACCUUCUGGAGCUCUUUGGAACCAUUCUCCCGCUGGACUUGGAGGAUAUCUUCAAGAAGAGCAAGCCCCGCUAUCACAAGCGCACCAGCUCUGCUGUCUGGAACUCACCGCCCCUGCAGGGCUCCAGGGUCCCCAGCAGCCUGGCCUACAGCCUGAAGAAGCACUGAGGCUGGCCUGCGGCCUUCUUGGCAGCCUCGCCUCCUGUCCGUGUCUGUCUGUCUGUCGGUCUCUGUCUUGGUCUGUUGCCCUCCUUCUUGGCAUGUCGUCAUGGAGGGCUCGGCCAGGUGUAUAUAAACGUCCUCUGUGCUGAGUGUUUCUGCUGCAGGUGGCAGGUGGCCCCAGGCCUGUUUGGAGGAUGAGCUGGGUGGGUGGGUGGGGAAGAAACGGGCCCAGCCCCACAUGGCCUGCAGACAGUGCUCUGUAAAUAGUUGUUUUAAUUUAGCUGAAUGUUAGCAUUUUAGUCUUUGGCAUUUUAGCGUUUGGGAGGUAGAUUAAUAAAGUAUAUUCCUUCAAGCCUGCUGUUGAUACCGUGAAGACUGGGCGCCUCAGCCCUGGCCCUGUAGCUGUGUGUCAUGGGCCACCAGUGGCCUGCAGGACCAAGGUACUGUUCCGUCACCUGUGGUGUGCCUCAGGAUCACCAGGUGCAGGCCCCCACCCUCGGAGAUGCUGCUGCAGUGGGUGGUUCCACUGCCUGGAUAACCCUUGAGGAACACUUCAGUUACUGUCACGAUGGGGCAGGUGGAGCUCCUUCCUGUUUUUUGGGGUGCUCCCUGUUUGUAAAGGGGAGCUUGUUCAUUGGGAAAGACCUGGGUCUUGACACAGCCCUGCCGCUUAGUCCCCUACCCUCUCCAUUCCCCAGGCUCCACCCUUGCUGCUCAGGUGCAAAUGGACUUGAGAACAUCUAUGUGCUGGUGAAGCAUGAGGUCUGAGCAGAAAAGGGGUAUCCCUUGAGACCACCUUGGGACCAGUGCUUGCAAGCAGCGAGAUAUUUCCCCAGCAAAACCAGGCAGCUGCUAAUUAAAUGCUUAGAACCAAUGAAAGCUGGCUGUGGUCCUGCCUGUGAGCUGUACUGCUGCCUUCUGAAUGCAUACAUCUGCUACUCUAGCCCUGGGUUGCCAGACUAUGGCCUGUGGGCCAAAUCCAGCCGCAGUCGGUUCUUUAAAGUUUUAUCGAAACACAAGCAAUGGAAAUGCCUAUUUCCAUUGUUGUCUCCAGUUGCUCGGCUCCGAGGGCAGUGUUAAGUUGUGCAGCAGAGGCCCAUCCAUGCAAAGCUGAAUAUGUUUACUAUUUGAACUUUUUCAGAAGUUCUGCUUAAGGACAAAAUAAAGCCUAAAUCCAAAAAUACUUUUAAAAAUGAGGAAAUAGUGAACACAAUAGAUGGAAGUCUGGAAGUUUCUACCCAUGCCAAGAAAAGCAUUUUAUGUUUUGUUCAAAUAUGUUGUGCAAUUCAAAUUUUUUUCCCUAUAUUCUCUGACUAGACACUUGUACUGAGUAAAUUGGCGAGUGUGUCUGUCUAAAACCACAAUAUCAAAAUAUCACUUAAAGCAUCUUUAUAUAGUGUGUUUAAGAAAAAGUUGUUAUUCAGCAGAAAGGUAAUUCCAAUUGGUCUGCAUAUUUAUCAGCACUUGAUAUUGUCUGUUUCUUAUUUUAGCCAUUCUGAUAGGUGUGUACUGAUAUCUAAUCAUGGCUUUAAUUUGAAUUUCCCUAAUGGCUGAUGGUGAACAUCUUUUCUUGUGCAUUUCUGUCAUCUGUAUGUCUUUGGUGAAGAGUCUUCAAAUCUUUUGUUCAUCUUAAAAUUGGAUUGUUAUAUUACCGUUGGGUUUAAGAAUCUACAUAUUAUGGAUACAAAUAUGGUGUCAGAUAUGUGCUUUGCAGCAUUUUCUCCCAGUCUGUAGCUUGUCUUUAAAAAAAUUUUUUUUUUUUAGAGAUGGGAUCUUGCUACGUUGGCCAGGCUGGUCUCAAACUCCUGGCCUGAAGUGAUCCUUCUGCCUUGACCUCCCAAAAUGCUGAGAUUGUAGGCAUGAGCUGCCAUGCCUAGCCCAGCUUGUCUUUUUGUUUACUUACCAGUAUUUUUCUCAGAACAAAAAUUUUAAUUUGAUGAAGUCCAAUUAAUUAAAUUUUUAAAAUAGAGUGUGAUUUUUUUUGUCAUGUCUAAGAAACCAUUGUCUAGUCCUAGGUCCUAAUUCUUCUUUGUUUUCUUCUAAAUGUUUUAUUAUUUUACAUGUUACGUUUAGAUUUAUGAUCUAUUUUGAGUUAACUUUUUUUUAAGUAUGAGGUUUAUGUUUUUUGUUUGUUUAGGAGCAUAUGGAUGGAUGUCUAGUUGUUCCAGCACCAUUUGUUGGAAAGACUAUCCUUUCUCUGCUGAAUUUCUUUUAUAUCUUUGUCAGGAGUUAGCCAUAUUGGUAUGGGUCUGUUUCUAGACUUUUUAUUUUCUCCCAUUGAUCUGUACAUCUCUCCUUUUGCAAAUACCACAUAAGUCAAGAUGACUAUAGCUUUGUAAUAAGUAUUAAAAUCUGGUAAUAUAAUUCUUCCAAUUUUAUUUUUCUUUUAGAAUUAUUUUGACUAUUGUAUCAGUGUUACCUUUCCAUUUAAAUUUUAGGAUCAGCUUAGCUACAAAAGUCCUGCUGGGAUUUUGAUUAGAAUUGCAUUAAAUCUAUAGAUAAGUUUGGGGAGAAUUCACAUAUUUGUGAUCGCGUUUUAAUCCGUGAACAUGAUGUGUCUCUCCAUUUAUUUGCAUGUUUAGUUUCUUUCUUCGGCAUUUUAUAGUUUCAGCAUACAGAUCUUGUACAUAUUUUCUUAGAUUUAUAACUAUUUUCUUGGAGCUGUUGUAAAUGGUAUUGUUUUUCUGAUUUUUGGUUUCUACUUGUUCAUUGCUGGUGUAUAGAAAUACAGUUGUCAUUUGUGUCGGCUUUGUAUCCCGUGAUGCAAGUAAAGCAGUACUGAGGGAAAUUUAUAGGGCUCAAUGCCUGUGUUAGAAAAAAAGGUCUCAAAUCAGUGACCUCAGCUUCCACUUUAAGAAACUAGGAAAAAAAGACCAAAUUAAAAGUGUACACAGAAAAGGGGAAAUCAUGCAAGUAGAGCAGAAAUCGGACAUUAGAAAGAGAAAAUACAGAAAAUUAAUUAACCAAAAGCUGGUUCUUUGAGAAGCUCAAGAAAAUUCUAUUCAGACUGAUCAGGAGAAAAGAUAGAUUACCAAUGUCAGAAAUUAGGUAGCUUCACUACAGAUUCUACAGAUAUUAGAACAAUAAUAAGAGACUAUUAUGAACAACUUCUAGGAAUACAUUUGACAAUUUAGAUGAACCAAUGCAGAUUCCUUAAAAGAUACAAAUUACUUAGGAAGAAGUGGAAAACCUACAUAGCUCUAUGAAAGAUGUGUUCUCACAAAGAAAACGGUAGACAUAGGUAGCUUUAGUGGUAAAUGUUGCCACGUAUUUAAGGAAAUAAUACUAAUUCUGCACAACCUCUCACAAGAAAUAUAAGAGGAAAGAAUACUCAGUUCUGUCUCUGAGGCCAGCAUUGCUUUGAUCCCCAAAUCAGACAUUGCAAGAAAAGAAGACAAUUAUCCCUCAUGAACAUCAACACAAGAAUUCUUAGAGUUUUAUCAAGUCCAACAAGUUAAAUAAAAAGGAUUACACUUUUUGUUGUUGUUGUUGGAGGCAGGGUCUCACUCUGUUGCCCAGGCUGGAGUGCAGUGGUGGGAUCUUGGCUUGCUGCAACCUCUGCCUCCUUGGUUUAAGCAACUCUUGUGCCUUGGCCUCCUGAGUAGCUGGGAUUACAGGUAUGCACCACCAGCCCAGCUAAUUUUUGUAUUUUCAGUAGAGAUGGGGUUUUGCCAUGUUGGCCAGGCUGGUCUCAAAACUCCUGGCCUCAAGUGACCCACCUACCUUGUCCUCCCAAAGUGCUGGGAUUACAGGUGUGAGCCACUAUGCCCGGCCAGGAUAAUGCAUCUUGACCAAACAGAGUUUAGAAUGCAAGGCAGGUUUAACAUUUGGAAGUUAAUGUAAUUUGCUAUUAAUUAUAGAGGAGGAAAAUCAUAUGAUUAAAUUAGUAGAUGCAGAAAGUCAAUGAUUUGAUGAUUCCACACUAGUAAUUUAAGAUAAAAGCUUUAAGAUUUAAAGGGAAUUUCCUCAGUUUGAUAAGGCACUUCUACAAAACUCCAGCAAACACUUCCUGGUGAAUGUCUAGACGCAUUCCUCCUGCUACCAAGUCAAGUACGAGGAUGCCCACUCUCACUCCUUUUGAACAUUUUAUGGUAGUUCUGGCAAGCACAGUAAGGCAAAAAGAAAAAGGCGUUGGGGAGGAAGAAUUAAAACCUGCCAGAGACAACUUGUAGGAAAUCUGAUAGUAUCUAUCUAAAAGCUAUUAGGAUUAAUACGGGCUUGGCAUACAAGGUUAAUAUACAAAAAUCUAUUGUAUUUCUAUGUACUAGCCGUGUGCAACUAGGAAUUGAAAUUUAAGGAAUACAGUUUAUCAUGUCCAAAAUUAUCAAAAUCUAAGGAAUAAGUCUGACAAAAGAUCAGGAAAGCCUAUGCAAUACAGUGAGAACUUCAAAAGAUGGCUGAGAGAAAUCAACAAAGACUUAAGUGGGAUAUAUAUACUGUGUUCAUGGAUCAGAAACUCAGUAUACUGAAGAUGUCAGUUUCCCCCUAAAAGAUUUAGCCCAGCCUUAACCAAUUCCAAAUGGCCUUUUAUUUAUUUAUUUAUUUAUUUUGGAGAGUGUCACUCUGUUACCCAGGCUGGAGUGUAGUGGCAUGAUCUCUGCUUCCCGAGUUCAAGUGAUUCUUGUGCCUCAGCCUCCCAAGUAGCUGGGACUACAGGUGUGUGCCAUCAUGCCUGGCUAAUUUUUGUAUUUCUAGUAGAGAUGGGGUUUGCUGUGUUGGUCAGGCUGGUCUCACUCUAGUGAUACACCUGCCUUGGCCUCCCAAAUUGCUGGAAUUACAGGCAUGAGCCACUGCACCCAGCCCCAAAUGGCUUUUUUUUUGGGGGGGGGGGGUAGAAAUUUAUGAAAAAAUUUGGUUUUAAAAUUUGUAUUUAUGCUGGAUGCAGUGGCUCACACCUAUAAUCCCAGGACAUUGGGAGUCUGAGGUGGGUGGAUGGCUUGAGCCCAGGAGUCUGAGACCAACCUGGGCAACAUCGUAAAUCCCUGCCUCUACAAAAAAUACAAAAAUUAGCUGAGCACGUGUCUGUAGUCCCAGCUACUCAGGAGACUGAGAUGGGAGGAUCACGUGAGCCUGGGAAGCCAAGACUGCAAUAAGCAGUGAUUGUGUCACUGCACUCCAGCCCGGGUGACACAGCAAGACCCUGUCUCAAAAAUUGUAUUUAACAGCAUAGGACCUACAAUAGCUAAAACAACUUAAAAAUAACAAA